AUGAAGGUAGCGUGUGUCCAGUGUCGAGUGCGCAAGGUCCGCUGCGACGCAACCGUUCCUCGCUGUAGGACCUGUGAACGCCUGGGGUUCCAGUGCUCCUUCCAGCGGGAUGGAUCCCAGCCCGUCGGUCAGUCGGUGCCACGUCUGCCUGCGAAGCGUCGCGGCACCAAGGCUUGUCUAGAGUGUCGGACCAUGAAGCGGGCCAUCAAGACCGGCGCUCAAUCCCGGCGGGAGGAGUACAGCGAUGGUGACUCCGAGGGAGGAUUCCACGGCGGAGCAAUCUACUGA